AUGCCUGCCCCCGGCCGGCAAGGGGGGGGGGCCCCUCAGGGGCCCUCUUUGAAUGCCUUAGCCCUCCAAGAAGAGUUGGAUGUGCGGGAGCAAAUAAACAAAAAGCUGAAAGAGGCCCUGGAGGAGAAGGCGAGGGAGACAGAUGAGCAGCGGACAUUCUUCUUAGAGAUGGAGACACUUUUGUCACGCUUUGUCUCUUCGUCUUCGUCUCCUUCUCACCAACAAGAAGAAGACAAGAAGAGCCUCACAGGGACUGUCUCCGCCGCCAUACGCAAACUCCUUGCUGCCCUCGAUCAUGCACAAGAACAACUGCAACAAGCGUCUGAGUGCAUGCAGCAGCUGCAGCAGGAGAAGCAGCAAACGGAGGAGCAGCUAGCUCGGACGCGUUUGUCUCUGCAUGCAGCAGAGAGAGAGUGCUUGCGGUUGCAGCAGUUAGAUAAACAAAGAGAAACCCUCGCCCUACAGGCACAGGCCCAGCAGCGUACGUUGAAGCAGCAGGCGCUUCUCAUUGAUGGCCUCAAGCAGCGCUGCAGCACUCUGGAGGCGGAGAGGUAA